CGCUCUGGAGCGUCACACCAGCACCAAGCGGGAAGGAGCGGGCUUGCGGCGCAGUGUGUGUUGGUGUAUUCAUUUAGCUGGCCAGCUAGCAGCUAGCAGGCUAGCCGGAACCAGGAGCCACGUAAGGACUAAAACAUGCCGCGGGAAAUCAUCACGCUUCAGCUGGGACAGUGUGGGAAUCAGAUCGGGUUCGAGUUCUGGAAGCAGCUGUGUGCAGAGCACGGCAUCAGUCCAGAGGGGAUCGUUGAGGAGUUUGCAACCGAAGGGACCGACAGGAAGGACGUGUUCUUCUAUCAGGCUGACGAUGAACACUACAUCCCCCGGGCAGUUCUCCUGGACCUGGAGCCGAGGGUGAUCCAUUCCAUCCUCAACUCCCCUUAUGCAAACCUGUACAACCCGGAGAACAUCUACCUCUCUGAGCACGGAGGAGGCGCUGGCAACAACUGGGCCAGUGGAUAUUCACAGGGCAAAAAAAUUCAAGAAGACAUAUUUGACAUCAUUGACCGGGAGGCAGAUGGCAGCGACAGCUUGGAGGGAUUUGUCCUGUGUCAUUCCAUCGCUGGGGGGACGGGCUCGGGUUUGGGAUCCUAUCUGCUGGAGAAACUAAAUGACAGGUACCCAAAGAAGCUGGUGCAGACUUACUCCGUUUUCCCCAACCAGGACGAGAUGAGUGACGUGGUCGUUCAGCCGUACAACUCGCUGCUGACGCUGAAGAGGCUCACCCAGAAUGCAGACUGCGUGGUGGUGCUGGACAACACGGCUCUGAAUCGCAUCGCCACGGACCGACUGCACAUCCAGAACCCCUCGUUCUCCCAGAUCAAUCAGCUGGUUUCCACCAUCAUGUCUGCGAGCACGACCACCCUGCGCUACCCGGGCUACAUGAACAACGACCUCAUUGGCCUGAUUGCGUCCCUCAUCCCCACACCCCGCCUCCACUUCCUGAUGACUGGGUACACGCCACUCACUACUGACCAGUCGGUUGCUAGUGUGAGGAAGACCACGGUGCUGGACGUGAUGAGGAGGCUUCUGCAACCCAAGAACGUGAUGGUGUCCACAGGAAGAGAGAGGCAGCCGAGCCACUGCUACAUCGCCAUCCUCAACAUCAUCCAGGGAGAGGUCGACCCCACACAGGUGCAUAAAAGCCUCCAAAGAAUCCGAGAACGCAAACUCGCCAGCUUCAUUCCCUGGGGUCCCGCCAGCAUCCAGGUGGCAUUGUCCAGGAAAUCCCCGUACCUGCCUUCAGCCCACCGAGUCAGCGGCUUGAUGAUGGCCAACCACACAAGUAUCUCCUCUCUGUUCGAGCGGACGUGCAAGCAGUACGACAAACUGCGUAAGCGCGAAGCCUUCCUGGAGCAGUUCCGCAAAGAGGACAUAUUCAAGGAAAACUUUGACGAGCUGGACAACUCUCGCGAAGUCGUCCAGCAGCUGAUCGACGAGUACAGCGCAGCCACGCGGCCGGACUACAUUUCCUGGGGCACACAGGAGCAGUGAAACGCACCUUGCAGGUUUUGCGUCUCAGCUACAACUCCGUCAACAUAAGUUCUUAAGUUUAUUCUAACUCAAUUUAUGUCCCUUAUACACAAAACAUGUCCCAAAAUAAACAUAUUUGACUUUAGCUGCUUCUCUGGGGGGAAAAAAACUAUUUAUUGGCUUCAUGCAGCAUGUUAUAGUACGGUGUGGUUCAAAGUUCACUCGUUCCUUAGCGUCUUGACUGAGGGAUGAUCAAUAAAACCUACUGUCUUUGUGUCAACCAAAAUGUAGAAAAGGUAAAAAUCUAAAAUCUAGUCAUGUAAAUCAAUCUUCCACCCAACAGUCCUGUGAAGGGGAAAGUAAGAGUAAGAAACCUCCUCACUGUGAGUCUGUACAGAAAGCGUCAGCGUGUUUUUCUACAAAACGAUCUAUAAAUGUUUAUAAGUUGUUUUUUCCUUUUCCCGCUAAACUCGGCUCUGCCCCCCCGUUGCCAAUUUCUUUGCUCCUUUUUUUUAGGAAUGUAAGAUAACCUGUUGCCUUAUGUUCAAUUUCUUACCGAACUACAUUAACUCUAGCACAGAUGAUUUAAAGUAAAACGGCCACACAUCCGACAACAUGACUCCCCUUGAAUAUUGGGGAGUAGAACUGGCAGACUGCAUUGCAUUAUGGUGAAUGUAGGUUGUUACAUCCCAGACAUUUGACAACUCUGUACAUGACGAAUAAGAACAGUCUGCGCAGAUGAACAUGCCAGGGCACAAGGAUGGAUCUCAUUUUUAAUACUUCAUCUCUAUGCCUGUAAAUAGUCUUAAAAGUAUCGCUGGCCCCACUGGCGUCCUCUGUAUCGUCUCAAUGAAUAUACUGUUCCAUGUUGCUUUGCUAGUUGGACCUGCUCUAAAUAUGAAUAAACACAUUGUUUUUGGUGUAAUCACA